AUCUACAUGGGCAUCGACGCCAAUGCGCGCGCUGGCCCACGCCACUCUGGCGCGACGGGGCCGCGUGACCCUGAGGAGAUCUCCCAGAACGGCGCUGCGCUUAUCGCCGCGCUCCAGGAACUCCAGCUGGCCGCCCUGAACACUUUCUUCAAUGUCGACUACACUUGGCGCUCUGGGAAGGGCCCCGCGUCGCAUAUAGAUUACUUGUGCGGACCUUUAGUGGACCUCCCGGCCGUCCACAAAGCGUGCGCCCCCAAGCAGGUUCAGCUGUCCAUCGCUACGCGCGAGGACCACCGCAUGGUCGCUGCACACAAGACCGCCCCCACGCGCGGUGGCGACACUGCGUUCCCCCCCGCGCCGUUCCGCUUCAACAAGUGGCGCCUCGGCGACACCGCGCGCGCGCAGCAGUUCGCGCGACGCACGUCCGAGCUGCGCCUGUCGACCCAUGGCCACAUUGACGACAAGACCACGACCUUCAUGGACCACGCCCGUUCCUCGGCACUGCAAGCCUAUGGCCGCCCGACGAUGUACCGGGCUCGCGCCGAGAUCUUCAAGGCGCAUUGCCGCCUCGCCUUCCUGAGCUGGGCAGCCCUGUGCCCCUCCACGUUCUCGUUGACUAGCGCCCCCCCCACGCGAUUGGGCUGGGCGGCCAAGUGCGCGCCCCCCUCCCUGCGAGCACUCCGGCAGCAGUGGCGCCUGCUGAACGCCGCCGCCGCCCGCCUCUGCAGCCAGCUCACAGCGUUAGUACGUCACUUCAUCCACUUCGACCGCCAGCUCUUCCUCGAGACGAACGCUCAGGAGGCGCAGCUGGCCGCCGUUCGCCGGGAUUGGCGCGAGACCUCUGGUAUCGCGCGCGCUCAGUGGUCGGCGGGGCAGCAGGGGCGCUGGCAGGAACAUUUCCGGGACGUCUUAAAUGGCAGGCCGGUCACCAUGGCCGAGCUGAAGCUCAAGCCGACGCCUCCGCCGGACCCCUUCGCCAGCAGCAUCGCCGCCCUCCCCGAUGCCGUGGGCGCGUCGCUCCUCCAGCUUGGGCGCAACAAGGGGGUAGGCCGCGAUGGCGCCCCCUCGGAGCUGCUGGUGGCCGGCGGCGACGCCGUCAACGAACCCCUGGCGUCCAUCUUCGAGGACAUCAUCGACGGCGAGCGCUGGCCAACCUCCUGGACAGGCGGGCGCAUGCAGAACGUAUACAAGAAGAAGGGGCCGCGCGAGGAGCGCGACGAGCCCCGCGGGAUUGUCCUCGAGGACCACGCGGCCAAAGGCUUCCAGCAGCACCUCAGUGGCCUCGUGACCCCCAUGUACAACGCCCACACGCCUGAGUCCCAGCAUGGGGCUCUUGCUGGCCGCGGCACCGACCUCGCUGCACACCUCGCCCGGUCUUUCUGCGACUACUGCACCGCCCAGGGGCUCUCAUGCUUCGUCUGGUUCGUGGACCUUGUCAAGGCGUUUGACCGGGUCGUGCGCGAGAUCGUUCUGGGCUGGCCCCAUGUCUCCACAUACCCAAAGCAAUAUCUGCGAGACCUCGGUCUCAACGAUCAUCAGGCUCAGUGGAUUGCUACUUGGGUUGCUCGCCAUGGAUCCCUAUUCGAGCAGAAGGGCGUGCCGCCGAAGGUGAUCCGGCUGCUCGAGAACAUGCGCGCGGCCUCGCGGUUCUCUCACGGCGAUUGCGACACCGCCGUCGCCGCGCUGGUCGGCGGCCGUCAGGGCUGCAAAUACGGCGCCAUGGUAUUCAACAGCACGUUCUCCCUGGCCAUGGUCUUGAUCCGGGAUGCCUCGCUCGACGCCGGCAUCAUGCUGCGGCUGCCGAAAGGACGCGGCGCGUUCUGGGCGCCGCCAGAGAGCGGCGCCGACCACGCCGAAGACACCAUACCAGUGGUCGACGCCGCAUUCGUCGACGACGAGUGCUUCAUGCUGACGGCCCCCCGCGCCGCCGACCUCGACGGCGCGAUCAACGUAAUACCUACGGCAGUCUGCAAUAUUUACGAGGGCAUGAACUUGACGAUCAAUUGCGUCCUGUGCUCCAAUGGCUCGCUCGGCCCUGCUGCUCAGCAUCUUCGCGGCGCGGCCAUGAAGAGCUACGCCCCGCUUGCAACCAAGCUUUUCGGCAGCCCCGCGGUGUCUGACGACCUCAAAUUUUGGACGAUGCAAAACUUGAUCCUGAGCCGGUUGUUGCACAAUGUCCACAUCCUCGUGCCGACUCGACGGUUCACUCUCACCAUCAUAGCCGUGUACAUGCGAGUUCUCCGGAGGAUCGCCGGGGCGCCUCGCUUUGGGCACACUGCCCACGAUGUCACGGAACGCGAUCGCCUUGGGAGGGCGAGCAUCGAUUGCUUGAUGAUGCGCGCUCGUCUGCGGUAUCUUGGCCGCUUGCUGCGGUCGCAGCCGUCGGCCCUGCUGGCGACGCUGAGCACGCGUCCCAAAGAUCGACCGUUGCCUUGGGCACAGCUGCUGACCACGGACAUGUUGAAGCUACGGGAGCUGGUUGCACUAUGCUCGCACCUCCCUUGCCCCACAGCCGGCGCAUCGACAUGGACUGAGUUCACUUUGGCCUCUCCCGGGCGUUGGUCCAGUGCGGUGAGCGCCUUUCACUUCGUUGACUCGUGUUGCGAUGCCGCCGCUGCCGCUCCAGCGUCUACGGCUGGCGGCACUCGCCCGCAUGUUUGCGCGAUUUGUGACAGCCGCUUCGCGUCUGCGAAGGCGCUGAGUCAGCAUAUGCGCAUGAAGCAUGGCCAAAAGUGCCUGCAACGAUUUUGGGGCGCCAGCUGA